UUAUUAUUGUGAUUAAACAGAAAAUAAUUACAAUGUUUAAGGGAAUUAAUUUCUUUUUAGAUGCUUCAUUUAAGUAAUCUUAAUUACUUUAAUUAAUUUCAUAUUGAAUGAACAGCUGAUAAAGUUAUUCUAAAACAAAUUAUAUUCUUUUAAAAACUGUUAAUUUGGACGUAUUCGAAAUGAGCUCUAACAUGAGCGUCAAUAAUUAUAUGAGUAUGUUUUCACAGUCUCACAAUGGCGAUAGUUCAAAACGUGAAUCAUCUAGCAGUGAAAGUAAUGAUCGCAAAAAAAAAAAGAAAUCUCGAUGGGGUGGUAGUGAAUUGGAGAAAACAUUUAUUCCUGGAAUGCCUACAGUACUUCCACACAAUCUUACCAAAGAGCAAGAGGAGGCUUAUAUUUUACAACUACAGAUUGAAGAGAUUGGACGUAAGCUGAGAACUGGAGAGCUGGGCAUACCAUCUAAUCCAGAAGAAAGAUCGCCAUCUCCUGAGCCUAUUUAUAGUAGUGAUGGUAAAAGAAUGAAUACUAGAGAGUAUCGAACUCGUAAAAAACUUGAAGAAGAACGACACAGAUUAAUACAAAGAAUGGCUACGGUGAAUCCUACUUUUAAACCUCCCGCUGAUUACAAACCUCCUGUUAUCCGUGUUAGUGAUAAAGUAAUGAUUCCUCAAGAUGAACAUCCUGAUAUAAAUUUUGUUGGUCUGCUUAUUGGACCUCGAGGAAAUACUUUAAAAUCAAUGGAAAAAGAAACAGGGGCUAAAAUAAUUAUUCGAGGAAAAGGUUCAGUUAAAGAAGGUAAAGUAGCUCGUAAAGAUGGACAACCCUUACCAGGAGAAGAUGAACCUCUUCAUGCAUAUGUAACUGGUAAUAAUCCAGAAUAUGUUCAAAAAGCUGUUAAUAAAAUCAAAGAAAUUAUCAAACAAGGUGUAGAAGUUCCUGAAGGACAAAAUGAUUUACGACGAAUGCAACUUAGAGAACUUGCUCUUUUAAAUGGUACCUUAAGAGAAAAUGAUGGGCCCAGAUGUACAAAUUGUGGUGCUGCUGAUCAUAAAUCUUGGAUGUGUCAAGAUAAACCAAAUAUAACUAAUAGUAUAUUAUGUACUCAAUGUGGAGGAGCCGGACACAUAGCAAAAGACUGUAGAAUGAAAUCUACAGGAGGUGCUAGUUUCCCUGCUAGCCAAGAAAAAACUAAAAUUGAUGAAGAAUACAUGUCUCUUAUGGCGGAAUUAGGUGAAGGACCACCACCACCAAAGCAAAGUGAUGAUAUUUCUAUGCGGCCUGCCAGUAGUAAUGUUAAUACUGGAGGACUGUUCAAUAAACCUCAACCUUUAAAGUCUCUCAUGUCUUUACCACCACCACAACAAUCUAUUCCAAACUCCUUACCUCCUCCUCCGUGGACAAAUCAACCAAUGAAUGGUGCUGCAAUGCCACCUCCUGGAAUGAAUGUACCGCCACCUUGGCAAAUGCCACCACCUGCUAACCAGCAGUAUCCAAAUAUUCCUCCACCUCUUCCAGGAAGCAAUCAAAAUUUUCAACAGCAAAUGCCUUGGGCCAUGCCUCCUCCUCCACCUCCUCCAAAUCAACCAACAUCUAUGCCUCCUCCUUGGCAACAAGGUCCACCACCCAUUCCUGUGACUGGUGGUCCAGCUGCUACUACUGUUUCAGGAAUGUGGCCACCUCCAACUCAACCAUGGCCUAGUCAACAACAACAUCAAGCCAAAGUUCCACCACCAGCUAUGGCUCCACCUAUAAUGAUGCCACCACCUGAUUUACAAACAUUAUUAGCAGUGCCACCACCACCACCACCACCUCCUCCAUCAUCAAAUUAAAUUUAAAAUGUUUUUAACUAUAUUUGGUGUUAGGUAGAAAACUAAAUUUGGUUUUGUAAUGAUAUUGUCAAUAAUUCCUCGCUAUUUAGAGUUUUUACCUUGUAUCUAAUAAAAAUCACAUAUUCUUUGUACACUUUUGAUUGAAAAACAUGAUUUCAAAUCCAUUGGUAAAAAAUAUAUUUCAUUAGAAUUGUUUUUUGAAUAAAUUACAAAUGUAUUGUAAAUUAUUUUUGAUAACUCUGUUUACAAUGUAAUUCUUUUCAUAGUGAUAUUAGUAUGACAUUUACAAUAAAAUACACUUAAUUGAUAUAUUUUUAAAUAAAUUAAAUCAAGAGGUUUAAA